AGUUACUUCGAAAAUUGAAUUAAACCAACGAUGGAUCUUUCCCGACUAUGAUUUUUAUUCGAUAACAGAAAGAGACAAUUUAAGACGAAGAUUUCUUGAUAGGAAAAUGGAGAAUAAAAAUCAAGACAUGAGAUUGAAGUUAUUUGACACACUAUCAAUUAACACUGUGUACUCAGAAAAUAUACUUCAUACUAAAAUAAGUGAAAAUAGCUCCAAACACUACGAAAACAUGUUCAGAGAACUUUUAACUAUGAAUGGAGUAACAUAUGUCUACAAAAGAGGAUUUCACUGGCGAACAUGGAGAAAGAUAAACAUAAAUAAUAAUGAUACAGUUGUGUGCUACAAGUGUCAGAAUUAUUUAAAUAUUUCGUGUGCUAAAUGCUACAAUGGCUAUUGGAUUAUAGACAAAAGUCCACCUUGCCCUUAUGAAAUUUAUUCCUUAAUACAACCAAAAACAUUAUGUGUUAUUAAUAUAACACAAUAUUAUAAACCAUUUGAGAGCUGUCCUCAGAUAAUUAGCUUGGAUAAAUUGAUGGAAACAUGUAGUAAUCCACUGGAAACAAAAUGGAGGAUUCUUCGUAAUUACUCUGGAAGCGAGAAUUCGAUAAAGAUCUGUCAGGGAAGAGAUACUUGCGAAAUAACAACAUUAUAUUCGAUCAAACAAGAUUCAAUCACAUUUCGUAUAGUAAAUUCAACCAAUCAAAUCAUUUACUCUCGUGUAAUGAAAAGUGGUCAAAUGAAUUACGCAUGCGUUGAUGAUUGCGGAUAUAUAACCCCUCAUCAUGACAUUGUUAAGAAUGACAAACAUAACAUUGUACUUGAUUUAUUACAUAACCUAAAAAACAAAAGAGAGAACUUGAAGGAAAAUUUUAUUACAAGCAAAGUUCAUCAACUGGCAACACCGAGUAGUAAUAAACCGUUAUUGAAUAAUCUUGAUUUCAAAAAUAAUGCUGUUAUGAAUAAUAAAAUGCCAAAAAAUAAAAUGUCUAAAUAUAGUUCGGGGGAAUGGAUUAAACCGAUAAAGUCGGUAAUGAUAAAUGAGAAACCGGUAAAUGAAAAAUCACAAUGCAAGAAAAUUCAGAACUUCUACGUGGAACUUGAAAAUGGAUCAGAUUAUUAUGAUUAUUAAAAACUCUAAAAAGACAGGUAUAUGACAUUUAUAUUAACUUUAUUUAGGUGAUUGAUUGUAAGUAAGUAAGUAUUUUUGUUACGAAUAAACUCACAGAACUCAAUUGUCACAAUUAGAAUUAAUUCAUUCUAGAUCAUGCCUUAGUGACAUUGGUAUUUAUUUUUGUUAAGUAUAGAAAUGUCCAGUGAUACGAAGCCAGAUAGGCCGUUAGUUUUUGGCGUAUUUUUGUAUGUGACUUGUACGUAUUAAAACAGAACCGGAAAACAACAUCUAUACACAUAUAAAAUAUUUCUAUAACUGAAAAUAUAGUCGAUUUCCAAAAUUAUUUCACCAUUAAAAUCCCUUUAUUGUAGCUACUGAUAAAAAUUACAAGCGGAGGAAGCUGCCUACAGGUGUACCAACCAAUUCGACUUCGGCACAAGAAAAUAGCAUAUCAAUUUUAAAAAAUGGCCUGAAAUGUGUGUCUAUGAACGGCGGUAUCACCUAAUAUCAGGCAGCUGCCCAU